CAUUUUGUAGCUACGCACCGCAACAGAUCCACGAAAAGUGAGCCAUCCGACAGAUUAUAUAAAUAAAAUCGCAAAUUGUGUAUCUGUAUCGUAAUGGAUAAAGAGAUUUCUAGCGUUGGAACUCAGUACAUUAUCUGUGAAUGUGGUGAUAAUUUUCCAAAUGAGAAGUUCCUGAAUAUACACCUGGCGAACGAUCAUGGUGAAGUGGACAGCUUUCUAUGCGAUGAAUGCCCCGAAGCCUUCACAAGCAACAACAGCCUUAGCUACCACAAAAGAAGCCAUGAGAAGACUAGACAAGCACCCGGGAGACCCGAGACGAUCAAGACUUACAGUCGGAAGACUCCGAUAAAGAAAGAACCGGUUGUGAAGAAACCUCCGGUCCUCAAGCUCAAGAACCUGAAGAGGAUAGAUUCUAUCAGUCUGAUUGAGAAUUUGAAGUCGCUGGGAGGGAUCAUCAAAAUAGAGCAUGUUCAAAGCGCCCCAGACCCUGACCCUGACCCUGAACCAGAGCCAGAGCCUGAGCCUGAAACCGAGCCUGUCCUUGAGGAGAUGGAUGAAGGACAGGUGGUGGUGAAGAAUGAGGCCAUGGAGGAGAAUGAGGAGACGGAGGAGAUAUACUACCAGUGUGAUGUGUGCAACUCCAUAUUCUACACAGAAUGGGACUUCAACAUCCACUACCAAAGCAAGCACGCGUUAAAACUCGAGCCCAGCUCCUCCGCCGAGCUAAUCUUGGAGCAGCAUCUCGUCAGCGACCACGGGGUUGAGGGCAUCAAGACGGAGGCCGAAACUGAAGACACGGCUUAUUACUACGAGUGUGAGCUGUGCCACAAAAUCUUCGCCAGCGAGAAGUAUUUCAACGUCCACUACAACAAGACGCACAGCGGCGUCCUGCUGCCGGUCACUGAGGAGGACGAGAUAAUAGAAGAACAAUCCCAGGAGCCUGCGCCCGCACCGGAGACCAAACCCAAGGCCCCCGAGCAGGUCAUCUACUAUAAAUGUGACCUGUGCAAAAUCCUGUACCCGAGCGAAAAGGCCUACAACUUGCACUUCGACAAGAAGCACGGUGGGCAAAGUUGCCAGGAUGCCCAGACCACAGGCUUCCAGCUGUUGGAGCAAGAGCUCGCAGAAAGUUAUGGGGUCACAGUGCCUCUGGAGGUGUUCUCUUGUGAAUUCUGCUCAAAAACCUAUACGAUGAAGCGCUCCUUCCAACUCCACCGCAAGCGAGUGCACGCAGAGGAGCUCCGCUCACACGCGGAGCAGGGCAGGGCCGCCAACAGGAGCAAGGUGUGCGACGUGUGCGGCCGCGCUUACAACUCUAACGCAGCGCUGCGCUACCACCAGCGCCGCCACACCGGGGAGAAACCCUACGCCUGCACCAUCUGCCCCAAGAAGUUCACAAUGCCCAUGUUUCUGCAGAUCCACAUGAGAACACACACGGGGGAGAAGCCAUACGAAUGCCCUCACUGUCCCAAAGCUUUCACCAACAAAGCGGCGCUCAUCAGACACGAUCGGGUCCACACCGGUGUGAAACCCUACCAAUGCCCUGAAUGCGGUAAACUGUUCACGCAGUCCAACUCGAUGAAGCUGCACGUGAGCACCGUGCACCUCAAGCUGCCGGCGCCCUACAAGAGCCGGAGCCGCCGCGACCGCAGCGAGGCGCGCGCGCGGCAGAGGGCUAACAAGUCGCACCACGCCCACGCCGAGGGGGAGGGGGAGGGGGAGGAGGAACUCGUUUUAGGGGAAUAGACUUUCACACUAUUCUGAAAUGAAGUUUGUAAUUAAACCUUUGUGACAAAACCUUCAAGUAAAGAGCGUACUCCCAUCUUAAAGGCCGGCAACGCACUUACAACCCCUAGCUCUGGUGUUGCGGGUGUCCAUGGGCGGCGGCAAUCGCUUACCAUCGGGUGAUCCGUCUGCUCGUUUGCCUCAUAUAUCAUUUAAAAAAAAACGGGAAUAUACUUAACAGUCACCAUCAAAUGGGAACGGCCAAGGGGGCGUCCAUUAAUUACGUGAGACGUUCAGAGUGGAGGGGGUCAAGCCGAUAUCAC